UCCGCCAAUCAACUUAGAGAGGAAGUAGAAGAAGUAGAAGAUGAAGAAGAAGAAGAAGAAGAAGAAGAAGAAGACCUUGGAGUUUGACGUAAAACAGCAUGGCGAACAAGGAGCCCAAUCGCAUUGUCCAGCACCUGAGGGACCUGGCAGGUCGGAUGGCGUCUGGAGGGAAAGGUGCAGGAUUAGGACUGAAGCUGCUGCUUGGAGCUGGUGCAUUGGCAUAUGGAGUUAAAGAAGCCACGUACACAGUGGAGGGUGGUCAGAGGGCCAUCGUCUUCAACAGGAUUGGUGGGAUGCAGAUGGACACUAUUCUGGCUGAAGGGCUCCACUUCAGGAUCCCCUGGUUCCAGUACCCCAUCAUAUAUGAUAUCAGAGCUAAACCCAGAAAGAUCUCCUCUUUGACAGGAAGCAAAGAUCUGCAGAUGGUGAACAUAGCAGUGCGGGUGUUGUCCAGACCUCUAGCAUCCAAGCUACCAAUCCUGUAUCAACAGCUGGGAAAGGACUACGAUGAGCGAGUCCUGCCCUCCAUCGUCAACGAGGUCCUCAAGUCUGUGGUGGCAAAGUUUAACGCCUCACAGCUCAUCACACAGAGAGCACAGGUGUCCCUGCUGGUGCGCAGGGAGUUGUUUGAGCGGGCCAAAGACUUCAACAUCAUUCUUGAUGACGUGGCCAUCACUGAGCUGAGCUUCAGCAGCCAGUACACCGCUGCUGUGGAGGCCAAGCAAGUUGCCCAGCAGGAGGCCCAGAGAGCCCAGUUCUACGUGGAGAAAGCCAAACAGGACCAAAGACACAAGAUCAUCCAGGCUGAGGGAGAGGCGGAAGCUGCUAAAAUGUUGGGUCUGGCAGUGACUAAAAACCCCGGUUACCUGAAGCUGAGGCGAAUCAGAGCUGCACAAACCAUUGCAAAGACGGUGGCAACCUCUCAGAACAAGGUGUACCUUAAUGCUGACAACUUGGUCCUGAACCUCCAGGAUCAAAAGAACUUUUCUAACAUGGUGCCAGGAAACAAGUGAUGAAGAGGACGGUAGAACGGACCCUGUCACCAGCAGCCUCUGUUUUGCUUGUGGUGUAGAAAAUGAAAAUAGAAGACUGUGAUCGGGGGCAACAAGAAAAGAAGCGAGUAGACGGCUCUCUCAUUUCAGCUUCAUUGUUGUAAGAUGGGACUCAUUAAAAUAAUUAGAAUGCAAAAUGACGUGCUAGGGCCUUUUUUAAAUCACAAUUUCAACAAAUUAAAAUCAGUAUAUCUUGAGAAAGCAGGAUCAGUAGUUUCUGUCAUAGAGGGUUGUUAUAAGUCAUGUUUAUUAAGCACUUCUGUCUCCAGUAUGGUGUGCUUCAUGACAGAUCUCACUGAUGAAUUCUUCCACCAGAGUCACUCAGAGACUGGCUGGAAAUCUUUUUGCAUAAAGGAUUUAAACGA